UUUAUGGGAAGCCAUAAGCGAUUAAUGUUAAUUGUGGGUAAGAAAUCAUUAAAAGGCAGUAUUAAAAGUUGCAUGAUAAAAAUAAUGCUUUCUUCCCAUGGGUCUCGUGCAAUAACAGAGGCAGCAUUUUAAUGUUAUUGUUUAACAAUAAAAAGAAGUUACAAAACAUCAUAAAUUACCGAAGUACGGAAUGCCAUUAGAUUUAAAGCGAUACACUUUUAUGUCAUUGUAGGAACUCUUUGGACCACGAGUUCGUAUCGUCUUAUAGUUAGCAAUCAAAUUAACAUAUCGGAUUCUUAAAUGGUUCACUAUCUCAAUAAGUAAAAAGGUUGUAUCAAUUAAAUAAAAAGCAGCAUUCUGCAAUGAUGCUGAAACAUUAAUAACAAUAUUUUCGAAGCUUGUUUAAUAAUGUUAUCUAUGACUCGCCAUUCAAAACGAAUGAAUAUUAUCACUAAUUAAUUCUGAAGCUUUGCAGUAUUUUUGGAUACAUAAUACUUAAAGAAAGACGAAUGGAAGCGAAUGGAACCGCACUCGGCCGAAAUAUCUGUCCUCUGGCGCCCUCCUCUGUUUUAUUAUUUUUAUAACAGUCACAUCGUUCCAUAGCAGCUCCAUAGUUGUUUUCGGAGAUUCGCGAACAUAGAUAGCAAAUUAAAGGUGAAACUCAGGAUGUUGUCCGUAUGAGUUAACUUCCGUAUCGAUCAAUUAUUUUACAGCGACACAAUUCGAAAGUGUUGAUACAAAAAUAAAUGCAUAUAUUGAUUUGUAUUUAACUUCAUAAUAAAUUGACCUCUCAAGUUGUGUGCGUGUGUUUGUGUGGAGUAACAGUGGCCCGUGACAUUUUCAAACAGUGGAUGUCGUAGAAGGUUUGUAAUUAUCGAGAUCAAGUGAUGGGAGAAAAAUACCGACUAAAUUUUACAUGUCCGAAUCUAUCUCACAGCCCAACUAUCUGAAUAGUCAAAAAACAAUCUCGUUGUAAUUAACUGAUUAUUAAUUAGAGGUUGAUUUAAGACUGUAGAAUAAUGCCGAUUUUCAUUGACAUAAUACUGAUUAAUGAAACUGGCAGUGUAAUGAAUAGAGCACAAAGAAAGCUGUAAGCACAUUGAACAUUGAUUGCUAUUCUUGCUUUUAUGUCUGUUUCGCAUUUGCCAUCAGAUGUUACCCAUGAUCCAAGGUACUUGAAGUUGUGAACUUGUUUUUAGGAUUUCAUUUCCCAAUACGAUCCUAUAGUUUGGGAUAUAAGGUUUCUUUGAUAUUGCCAUUACUUAAGUUUUCUUUUUGUUUAAGGUUAGGCCAAGACUUUCGCUCUCUGUGUUGAUGCUAGUUACUAGUUUUUGUAAAUUUACUUCACUGUUAGGUAUCAGUACUGUAUCAUCCGCAUAGCGGAGGUUGUUGAUAUUGAAUCCUCCUAUACUUAUUCCAGGUAGGUCUUGUAUGGUUCUGAUGAUGUUUUCACUGUACAGGGAGAACAGGUCAGGGACCGUGAUGGAUGGUGAGACAUGAUCGCCCACGCCGAACGGCAAGGCACCUGAAUAACAACAACAUUGAACAUGGCUUACAUUAUUUAAUACACAUUGAAUUGUUCUGUGGUCCCUCGAUUCUCUGAUACUGAUUUCUAAUCUUUAUAUUGUAAUUAGCUUUAAAUUUAUGUUACUAGAAAGUUUUAAUCUGGUAGUAAAGUCAAACAACUGACCAAACCCCGAGAAAUAGACUGAUCAUAGCAGUGCAGUAGUAAUCACUUUACCUCGCUCAAAGAAGGUUUACAGUAACAGGCUAAAUAUUUGCUCUUCCUUCUAAUGCUGGUACGCGAGGUGUAAUUCUGAAGCUGAAAGGGUUAUAGCGGGCAAUAAAAGCUCCUUAAAUGCUUUUUGUCUGCCGCAUGCUGCAUUGUCACGAAGGUUUAUUUCAGAUUACAGUUCAGAAUUCUACUAUAUUAUGACUCAUUUCUGGCACUCGGUGUAAAAAAAGACAUAUCUUUACACAUGCGAGGCAACCAGCAACCAAAUCGUCAAACUUAGAAAUAAAUUUAUUAUCAAAGUAAGUAUUUGUUACUAUAUACUACUUUAAGAUUAAUUUUCUUGCAGGCAUUUACGGAGAAAAAAGAAAGAGGUAGAUACAAAUGUCAGCAUUGACCUUGAGUCAACAACUACAGUUCUGAUGUGUCAUUCUGUGAUGCAGUUCGUGUCCUUGACGUUUGUUCGCAGAGUUUAAUUUGCAAAGAGUCCACACUCUGUUUUAUUUGCCAACUGCAGUAGAGUUGCUGCAAUAAAAAGAUCAGGUAGUUUGGACCAGGGUGUAGUAUGUGCUUAAUAAAUAGUGCCAUUUUCUGAGAGGUACUCAUUGCCUGCACGGGUACAUCAUUCUCAAUAUUUUAAACAAGGACGAAUUUGCACUUGCAAGUUGUGACAGAACGUACAUGUGAAAUUAUAUCUGCAAGGUUUGGAGUGAAGACAUCCAUUAAUUUUAGAGAAUUUAUAAGAUGGAUUCAACGUCUCUGCAGUACAAGCUGACGUUAGAGACAUCUAGCGAUAGGACGGUAUCGUUGCAAGAUGGAGUGCGCCCAUUUGACAUGAAACCAGUGCUUUCCACGAACGUUGGAUUUUCGCCUACUAUGUUUCCUUCAGCUUUGAAAACGACUCCAAGUGGAAGAUGUCACGGAUUGUAUUCAGAAGACAUUUCAGCUUGCGGUUCGUAUGGAAACCCAGAUCGGGAGAUAGUUGCCAUCCCACCUGAGGCAGGUCCAUUCACUGCCAACCAGUUUCAAAGUGACAGCCAUAUAUCUUUGUUUAGUAACUACCGCCAUAAUCCUUGCAUUAGAGGAGAAGUCCCCACAAGCUCAACAAUUUAUCAGAAUUGGGCAUUAGAAUAUCCCCGAGCGACACCUGCCCAAAUCCGGGCAGAUCCCAGUGACCCGGCCACGUCUGCCUACAACUAUUCUCAAUGUUAUGGAGCAACUAUUUCAGGAGGAACGUUUCAUACUACAAGUUCCAGCACCCCAAUGCAUUUAGCUUUAGGAUUUACAUCGCAAUGGUCAACGUCCCAAAGCCUAGAAAAUAGACGAAGGAAGAAACGAAUCCCUUACAGCAAACAGCAAAUAGCUGAACUGGAAAAAGCUUUCGAAAAAAAUCGAUUCCUCACCCCCGAAAUCCGAUUAAAUAUUUCUUUUGAAUUAGGUUUGACAGAAAGGCAGGUAAAAAUAUGGUUCCAAAACCAGAGACAAAAAGAAAAAAAGCUUCUUCGUGUGCAACAACCGGUGCAUCCAAGCUGCUCUCGAGUCUGAAAGGGGAACACUUUUAUUCAAAGGAAGCAUAGCUUUAUCAGUUACAAAAACAUCGUUUCUAGGACGCAAUGGCUAAUUGCUCUUCAAAUAUACAUGGACAUAGAUGAUUCAACAUAGAUCAUUUUCAUUCUUUAAACAGCUGUCUGUGUGGGGAAAUGAUUUGACAAUACUGUAAGAUUUAGUUUUGUUUGCGUUAAACGAUAUUAACGGGUUGAUUUUGCUAAAAGGAGGGAACAAGGAAUAGUUACACUAUGCAUUUAAUUCUUAAUGGAGAUAUUGUUUGAUUUGCUAAAAUAAUUAUCUGUAAACCAUAAAAUCAACAAACACUUGACUACUUAGAAAGAAGAAACUGAUUUUCUGAUGGUUACUUUUAGUGACAAAGUGAUAAUAUUGGCAGGGGUUGCAUAAGACUUUGCAGAUGAAUGAUUUUAUUUUCAGGUUUGAAAUUAUUUGAAAUACCUCAUUGUACUGCAUGUGAAUUUUAAUAAAAGUGGCAACUUUGUGAAGGCGCUACAUAGCAUUCGGUGUGCAUCCAAAAUAGUUUUAACCUUGUCUUUCCAAAACACGUUGAAAUAUGUAUAAGCCAGAAUUUGAUAGCUGGAGACGAAUGUAUGUUUACAUAAAGCAUUUAAAUUCAAAAAAUGCAAAAUAAAUCCAGGUUCUAUUUAAAUUAUAAUGUAUACGUAUCUCUUGAUUGAUCGAUGGAUCGAUUGAUUUCUAUUUAUCUGUCUGUCAACCUUGUACUCAAUUUUAGGGAACACGUAAGAAUCAAGUGUAUUUUUCUGUGAGGUUUUUCAUGACGAAGUUUCUGACCUACAACACAUGAAAUAACAUAUAUCCGUUGUGCAUAUAAAGAAAAACUACUUGCAUGGUAAACUUCGCAGAACUGUAGUCGAAAAGUGAAGCUAUUAACCAAUUACAAGAGUAUCGCUUGAAUCAGUGAUUGUCAGAUGUCUAACUCAAGGUCAAAUCAAGGACAAAGCUUCUAACCAAUGUGACAUUUGAUUACAAUAAUGCACUUAUGAAGGACUCAAACGCUUCCAGCGACACUUCAGAAACAAUGAAUUCUUUACGGAGUCAUCUUUUGCGUAGAGCAGAUAAUCUGAAAGCACUGUCGUAUUAUGGAACAGUGUUUUCGAAUAAAUAUUCAAAUUAUCUUUAAAUCAAUCGAUCUACGUAUAUAUACAUGCAGGUAUGUCUGCCUGAAUGUAUGUAUCUACCUGUAUUCGCGUCUAUCUCUGUGUUAAUCUGUCCAGUGUCUAAUUUUGCUUCAAGAUGAUUUUCACCUUCAGUAUUUGCUAUGCUCUUUCUGUUUUGAAGUUUAAUAAUUAUUUAGUUCCACUAUAAUACGCUCACUGAUUUCAUAAACAAAAGUAGAAUUUCCAUUUGCGUUCCUGCGGGAGUUCGGUUGAUAACAUUAUAGUAAUUCUGCUCAGUAUUAUUUAACUCAAUAUUAUGUUAAUCUCAAAUGCUAUAUACGAUUAUAAAGGAAAUGAUCUCAUUAUGUUAUUGCAAAGACAAUUGAUCAAACAAAUCAGGCGAGCAUAAUCAAUUUAUGCAGAGUCCUGGCGCCCCGAGCGACGACGGUUUUUAUUCCUCUCCAUAGCUGCUUCCUGCCCUGCUGAGUUUCAAGAUUGAAGAUUCAAGAUUGUUCAAUGUCAUUUCCAGUACACGAGUAUAAAGGAGAAGGAAAUAAUUGUUACUGUGCUUCGGAUGCAGCACAAUAAAGUAAGAUGAAGAACAGAAUAAUAAAAAGGCAAUAAAUAUAAAAAUAUAAGAUAGCUUAAAUAAAUAGAUUAAUUGUAUGUACAUAAAGUGACGCUGAUUGCAGGACGCUGUUUGUGUUAUUUAAUCAAUUUAGUUUUUAAAACUUGCGGUUUUCUUUUUCUGCUCUGUGAAAUGUUAUUUUUAAUAGUCAGUUUCCCCUCCCUCCUAGUAUUUAAUUUUAUAUUCUUUGUCAGCAUCAUUAAAGCUAAUGAGGAAAGGAAGUUGGCUCCGGAAUACUUUUUGGUAUGUGUAAGGACACCGGAGCACCCAUUCUCGGGGAGAACGUGCAAACUCCUCACAGACAGCGGCAGAAUUUAACCCGUGUCGCUGGUUCUGUAAAUCCUAUGCUACCCACUAGGCUGCCGCGCUGAGAAUGAUCAGAACUCAUUUGUAUCUGUGUUUCUACACUUAAUUUGUUUACGUCAGAUAUUUAUGUCUCGUAUCUGCAGCCACACACACUAAAACUGGAGGAACUCAGCAGGUCAGACAACAACUAUGUUUCGUCGAGGCCUUUCUUCAGUAUUGAGAGGCGGCAGAAUAAGUAGGUGCGGAAAGGGAAGGAGUACGCGCUAGAAGGUGCUUGAUGAAGCUGGGUUGGUGGCGGAGGGGCGAAGUAAGAAAUUGGGAGGUGAUAAGUGGAAAAGGUAAAGUACUGGAGAAGAGGGCACCUGAUAAGGCAGGAGAAUGGACCAUUGGAGAAAGGGACGGAGGAGAUGAUAGUUAGGUCUGGAGAAGAGAAGAGGUAAGGAGGGAGGCAGAGUGAGGAAUGGAAGAAGAAGGAAGGGGGAGGGUAGAAAAUGACCGGAAGUUAGAUAAAUCGAUAUACAUACCAUCA